UCCUCUAUAGUAACUAUGUUUAAUCUCUACAAAUACAUAAAAUAAAGUAGUUUGACUAGGUGGCGGGCAUUCUGUCUGGGUGUGGGCGUGCUGUGAAAAAUCGGACUUGGACCGACUUCCACGUCUGAAUUUAAGAAGGCUUCGUUCGAUCAACUCUGUGCUCUGCCGAAAUCCAGCCCCGAUUGGUUGACGGUUCUCUGUCUCCCGCACAGCCAAGUCUUUUUGAGAAGGUACUGAGAAAGAGAUUUCCCGAAAAUGCUGCAGCAGCGGUUGAAGAAGGCAGUUACAGACAACCCUAAGAAGGUUGCAGACUUAAUUGAUCUCGUAAAUCUGCCCACAGUACUUAGAGAUUUCAUGGGUCAGUCUCAGAGUUCUCGACUGAAUUGUUUUAGGCGGGUUUGGUCUUAUAUCAAGGAGAACAAUCUCCAGGAUCCAGUCAACAAAAAUGUAGUGAAUUGUGAUCAAAAGCUGAAGAGCAUUCUGUUGGGCAAGUCUAAGGUCGAUCUUGCUGAACUUCCCAUGUUGGUUAAGUUACAUUUCCCCAAGCAGCCCAAGUGAUCAUCUAAGUUCGUUGAGGUUGUAUCCAUAUCUUGCUAUUCAUACUUGUAAC